UAGAGACACUGCAACAGCAUCUUAGGCGUCUAGCAGCAGACGGAUUGCAAGAUUCCAGCCAUGCUGUAACAGUUCCCCUUUUAGACGAAGGGCAAUACAUCCCGGCUAUGCGAUGGGAUACGAACAAGAGUACCGCCAUUCAGGCUGCAAUGCCAGCUUCUUGCGCGACAAGCGUUUUGCGCACGCUGCCAGACUCCAGCAUCAUAAGAGAAUCCGCCAACCUGCAAGAGUCAAACUCAUGCAUCAGGCAAGAUGUAUCAAUCCGAAUGCAGUCACGAUUCGUCAAGAGUUGGAUGAAAGCCUCGGAGACAAAACUACGCGAGUUUCGAUGUUGACACUUUUGUCAGUUGGUUUUGCAUGUCCCCAGACCGUCUCCCAAUUUUUCCAGCUUUUACCGGCUGUUUGCGGUUAUACGCAUUUGUGGCUACUAGGUCUGCACAUUUCAACCGUCAGUAUCAUGACAUCAAUCGACCAGCUCAAGUCGGAUGCUCGUGCGAACGCUAUCCUGCGGCGGAUAUAUCUGGCCUAG